UCACAAACCCCAACACCCAACCACCCAACCAACACAACAACACACUGGCAACAGAGCUUGGUCCUUCCAUUCUACAUUUAUUUGGUCUGCUCGAUCUUGCUUGGCUGUACAUACAAACAAAGGACUGUUGUGCCCCAUCAACAGUGUCAUCACAAACAGAACCAGCACCACUCGUUGCGCUGUUCAAUUUGCCCAUCCACUGCUGUUUUCGGCUCUCCUUCAUAAAAGUAACCCGUCCCACAGUCUACUCCAGUACACGCAUUCGCCAUCAUCAUGUCAAAGCCUGUGAUUACAGUUCCCACCAAGACCAUGACUUGGGAGGAGUUCUACGAAAAGACCGAUAACGCCAACAAACUCAUGGACCGCGUCUGGUACUGUUUGGCGGUCUCGGAUCCUGGUGUGGCCAAGCAAAAGGUCUUUUGGGAACAUUGGUACUGGUCCGACAAGGGAGACAACAACGACGACAAGGAACUCAACAACAAGUUGGGGCAGAAUCAUACCUUGACCAUUGAGACUGACGGCAAGGAGGUGGAUUAUCCCAUUUGGCCAGUCAAAUUUGACAAGACCAUGUUCAAAAUGUAUCCAGCCAUUGACCUCAAAUGCAUGAUUAUUGCACCCUUUGGUAUUGGCAUGACCCCCGUCCAAUUUCCCACGGACGAUUCUCGCACUGAAUUCCGUGUCGACUUUGCCAACGUGAUGGGCAAGAAAAUGUACUUUAUCUUUGCAUUGGAUCCAUUAAUGGCGGAGGAGACAAAGUCGGCCUGCUACGAGAAACUGGAGACAGAGCACGGUGUCAAGAAGGAAUGGUUCCAUGAGAUUCAAUGGGAAAAAGGCUAUCAAAUUGGAUCUACAGGAGAACCUGACAUCAACCCCAAGAAGUAGAGACUUGACUUGCUUCCUUUUAGAUAGAGGGUAACAUAUGUGUGUAGUAGUUUUAUGUACGUUAU